CUUUGUGUAGUUUUCACCUUAUCGUUAAAAAGUAAAUUUUGGUAAAGGUGUCGCUUACAUCAAACAGUCGAUAUCAUGUGUUUGUUUGUCUAUUACCAAAUUCUAAUCAUCAGUGACUUUAUGAAUUCUAUCGGUUAGUGGGUAUUAAUUUUUGUUUUUGUUAUUUUUUUCAUCUCAGUUGUCGAGAAUAAACGAGAAAUGACUAUUUAGUAGCUAAGGGCUUUUCAUUUUUAUAUUAAUAUAUACUGGUUAACUACGAUGUCUGAUACUCCGUCAGGAAAACUGAGGAAACAAGGAGUAUCGAAUUCGGUAAUUUAUUGUUAGCUUCCUUAGAUUAUUGAAUUCGCUCUCAUCUAUCAUAUAUCAUUUUUUUACAGAAUGUUACCAAAUUGACACCAUCUUCGCCUGAAAUAAUCAGCCGCCAUCAAGCUACAAUUAAUAAAGGUAAUAUACUGAUCAUUUAGUAUUUUAGUGGCCCAGAUUAUUUUUAAUACAUUACACUACAUACUUUUUUAUAAUACUGGUAUUAUCACAGGGCAUAGUUGGAUUCAUAACAGUUGAUCAACCAUACUCAACCUUUUUUUUUUUUACUUGGGUUACAUAAGUACAUAUUUUUGUAAAGAAAUGUGAGAAAGAGUAAUUAAAGUGACUAGAGAUGAGAUAUCUAGUGCCUAGUACUAUGAUACAUUGAUAUUUACAUGUUUGAUAUAAUACCUAGAAUCUAUAGAUAUAAGUAGCUAUAGGCAGGGCUAGCUUAAGAAACUUUAAUACGGUUAUGAUUCAUGCCCAAAUUUAUUUUUAAGGCUAAUGUAAAAAAUCCGCCAUUCGUUAAUUGAUACAACUGAAAUACAUGUUAAAAACCUUAAUUAAAAUUUAAAAAAAACUACAUUACAAAUUUCACUCGGCAUAUAUUAAUAAAUACAAAUUAUUAACCAAUAUUAGAAUGUGUUUUAAUGUGCAGACCCAUUGAAUUUAGAUCUCUAUACUUUAUAGUCUGGUAUUUUGAUUAAUCGAAUCUAUUGAACUGGUAUCUGUUUCAUUCAAUACAAAUGCCCUUAUAAUGUACAUUGUUUUUAAGAUUUCUUUUCUUUACUAUAUUAUUGUAUUAUUUAAGUUUUCUUAAUAUUACUACUGAUAUUUCUAAUAUUUGUGUUGCAUUAUCCAUGUCAGGGAUCGUUAACUUUAAGUUACUCGAGGCAAAUGUUUAGAAUUUAAAAAUCCAGCAGGCCAGAACAUAAAAAGUAAAAAAAUUGUCAUUGAAAUUUACAAUUAGCAUUUAUUUUAUAAAAUUUGUAUAACUUGUUUAAUGUGAGAUUUGAGGAUAUGUAGUUGCAGAUGAUAAUUCAGCAAAAUCAACUACUAUUUCUGAAAUGAUAACAUGUAAUAAGGGACUGCAUGUUUCAUCUGUAAGGCAAUUUUUUUCCUUUGAUUUGAUAUGCUUAAUUUUAGAAAAUGUAACAUUCCUAAUAUAACCAAUCUUCUAACUACCUCUUCUGGUAGCCUGACACAUGAUACUCAUCAAUUAUCAUUGCAGAUAGAAAAUUUUAUUGAGAAUUCAUCCAAGCUGUGUAUAGAAUAAUCAAACCUGGUUUCAUUUGUUGUAUUUUAAGACUUCAAUGUGAUAAUACGAUAUUAUUAAUGGCAGUUAGUGUGAAAAUAAUUUUGUAUUAUUUGUAAUAAUAGUUAUUUUUAUACUAAAUGUGUUGCAGAACUAGAAAAUAACAGCCAGAAAAGUACAAGCUGUACAAAAAAAAGAAAACCUAAUGAAUCUGAAAAAAAUGUUAAAGCGACCACCUCAAUUGGUACAUCUCAUCCAAUAAAUACAAAAAAAUUAAAAAUUCAAAAAGUAACCAAAGAUCAGGAAACCCUUGAAAAUAAUACAAGGUCACCUAGAAAGUUAUUAGCGCCUAAUUAUAAAAAUACAAACAAGUUUGAGUAUAUAAAUUCCACUGUCAGUAAUAAUAAAAAAUCGAAUGAUGAAAAAGAUAAGAAAGAGGAGACCUUAGCAAAAAUUGAUAGUAAUAAUGAAAAGUUUAAAUUACGAUGUGAUGAUACUGCAUUUUUAAAAAUGCCUACCAUGUCAAAUGAUAACGCUGAUGCUUUAUAUAAUUUUAUUAUUUCUGAUGAUAGAGCAAGACAAUACAUAUUAAAUGGAAAAAUGCUGGAUCUUGAAAUUGACAAAGUUUAUGAUCUAAAAGGAAAUGCUUAUGAUCCAAAAGAAAUUGAUAAAAUUGUUGAUCACAUAAUUAUUUUCGGUGUUCAUUAUUAUUUAGUUAAAUGGAAAAAUUGGUCUAAAGGGUUUAAUACAUGGGAAUGUUUUGAUGAUCUGUCAAAUUCACAACGACUUUUGGGUGAUUAUGUAGCAGAUAAAACAAAUGAUUUAAAUAACUUUAAACCAAUAAAUGGAAUGCAUUUAAUGUUAUCCAGAAAAUUAAUUUCAUACUUUUUCGACUUAUUUAGAACUGAAGAUGGUCUAUCUUUGCCAUCAAUUUCUCCCGAAGAUAUAUCUGGUUUGUUCAAUAGCCUUGAUAUUGGUCCUCAAGCAAAUCAAAUAAAACGAAAGCAAGCGCUAAAUUUAUAUUUGGGUACAAUUUCUUUAAAUAGUUACCGGUAUUGUCAAUUAGUUGCUCUCAAACAAUGGGAGAUCGAUAUCAAUGUAUUAUCAAAUAGUUAUCUUAUCAAAGUAGAAAAUAAUAUGGAUCUUGAAGGGCCUCCGAAAUCCUUUGUAUAUGUUACCAAAUAUGUUCCUCGAGGAAAUGUUGACAUAUCAAAUGAUCCGCCUAUUGGCUGUGAUUGUACAAAAAAUUGUCAAUUUUCCAAAAAAUGUUGUAAUGAGCUUUCUGGUUAUUCAAGAGUUUAUGAUGCAAAUAAAUGCAUCACUGUUGCCCCUGGUUGCCCGAUUUAUGAAUGUAACCGAAAAUGCAAGUGUAAAAGUACUUGUAACAAUAGAGUCGUCCAGUUAGGCACUACUGUAAAUAUUUCCAUAUAUAAAACACGAAAAUGUGGUUGGGGUAUUAAAACCUCUCAAAAUAUAAAAAAAGGACAGUUUAUAGCCUUAUACACUGGAGAAGUAAUUACAAUAAAUGAAUCAGAAAAACGAUUGCAGGAAAAAACAUCUUUUUUAGAAUACAUGUGGAACUUAGAUUUUGAUGAUCAACAUAAUUUUGAAUAUAUUAUUGAUGGUUCAAAUUAUGCCAACUUCACACAUUUUAUUAACCAUUCAUGUAACGCCAAUCUAAAUGUAUAUGCAGUUUGGAUUAAUUGUCUAAACAGAAGUCUUCCAGAACUGGCAUUGUUUUCUAGUAGAGAAAUUUCAGCUGGUGAACAACUAACUAUCAAUUAUUUUUCUCGGUGCAGUAAAAAUAACAUUUUGAAAAAAACUGGUAUUAGGUGUCAAUGUAAUAUGAAAAAUUGCCAAGGCUACUAUUUUUAAUAGUUACAUUAUUUGUAUUACUUAAGUAUAGGAUUUCUC